CCACUUUUCCCCUACAAAGUCGCAACCACUCGCCCACGUACACACGGGCGUCUGGGUCCCAUUAACCGUGCUGAACAUGCCGUGACAGUAGCUGCCCUGCUGUCUCGCUACCACCCAAGCCCUUACACACCGUCCCAUGUCCUCGGCGCUGGCCACGGUGUAGGUCACACUAAUGCUUAGACCCUCCGUCACCCAUGCGGCCUCCACAGUAACGCUGUAUGUACCAUAGUAUAUAUGGGACGGCCCGAGGCGUGUCUCUCGUCAUUGUCCGAUCCAGUUCAGAAAAAAUCUUUGCACAAUUGACACCCGUCGCCUGACCGAACGUGCUCAAUCCUUCUCAAUCUACCCUCGUUACCUACCGUCCAUCACUGCCUUUCAAUCGUUAUUCCUCGGCAUGUGCGACUAUACUCAAGUGCAGUACAAGUGCUCCCACCUCCGCUACAUUGUCCGAGCAUGGUGUACAAAGUACCAAGAAACCCACAAACGCUGCCCAGUCAAUGUCAUUGCCAUGUGAGGAUGAUCGUGCUC